GGACAAUGAUGACAGAUGAUCUCCUAACAACGCCUGUUAACAUAGAAGUUUUAGCACAUGAACUUUUCCAUCAUCCUGACAAAGACUUUGCGAAAUAUUUGUGUGAUGGUUUUACUUAUGGCUUCGAUACUAUGAUUUCUAAUGCAGAUGCUGAUUCAGAAACCUUAGAAUGUAGAAAUCUUCUGUCAGCUAGAAAUCAGCCAGAAAUAGUAGAUAAAUUAGUGAAGACAGAAGUAGAAAAAGGUUUCGUGGUAGGUCCACUAGAGUCACUUCCAUUCCCAAAAUACAGAGUAAGCCCAAUAGGCGUGGCAGUUGGGAAAUAUUCAGGGAAACCAAGGCUUAUCAUGGACUUAUCAUCCCCUCAUGAUAACGAGCAUCAUGCCAGUGUCAAUUCGAUGAUAGAUAAAGAAAACUGUUCUCUGUCUUAUGUUAAGAUAGAUGACGCUGUACGAAUUAUCCAGACUCUAGGACGUGGGACCACUAUGUGCAAAACAGACAUUUCUGAUGCCUUUAAACUUGUCCCGGUUCUACCCAAACAGUGGCAUAUGUUUUGUUUCAAAUGGAGAUCACAAUAUUAUUACUAUACAAAAUUAUCAUUUGGUUGCAGAUCAAGUCCAAGGAUAUUCGACAAUCUUUCCCAAGCAGUGUGCUGGAUAGCGCAUAACAAUUAUGGAAUCAAAUAUAUUCUACAUCUAUUAGAUGAUUUCAUCACUUUCGAACAUCCUGAAAAUGACGGUGAAACUAACAUGAAUUUGUUGUAUCAUAUCUUUCAAACUCUCAAUAUACCAAUGGCACUGCAUAAAACCGAAGGACCUACCACAUGCUUAGAGUAUUUAGGCAUCAUUUUAGACUCACAGUUAAUGGAAGCCAGACUCCCAAACGAGAAACUCCAAAGAAUAACAGGAUUCCUUCACAAAUUUCAGUCACGCAAAUCUUGCACGAAGAGAGAACUUCUGCAGCUACUUGGCCAUUUGAACUUCGCCAGCCGUGUCAUCCUCCCAGGAAGAUCGUUUGUUUCCCAUCUUAUCACCCUAUCCACCACUGUUAAACAACUGCAUCAUUAUGUGAAAAUAAACGAACAAUGUAGGGAAGACAUGCAAAUGUGGCUGAGUUUCUUAAGCAAUUGGAAUGGCAUUAAUCUAUUUUAUAGUAUGUCUCAGAUUACAUCAGAGGAACUAAACCUUUUUACAGAUGCUUCUGCAACGGUAGGAUAUGGAGGGUUCUUUAAAGGAAACUGGUUCUCCGAGCCUUGGACAGAUGAAGUUAAACAAUUAUGUGAUAGUGAUACAGAAUUAUCAAUUGCUUUCUUUGAGUUAUAUCCCAUUGUUGUAGCUUCCAUUCUCUGGGGUCAUAUGUGGAAGAAACAAAGAAUAGUAUUUAUGUGUGACAAUUCGGCAACGGUAGCAAUCUUAAAUAAGGGAAGAUCAAAAUCUGUGCAUAUUAUGCCGUUAAUGAGACGAUUAACUCUUGUGUCUGCUCAACAUAAUUUUGUAUUCUCUUCAAUUCAUGUUCCUGGUAAACAAAAUACUAUAGCAGAUGCUUUAUCACGUUUACAGAUUUCGAAGUUUCGCAGUCUGGUACCCAGUGCCCAGGAGCAUGCAACCAAAGUACCACCACCCAAAGAUGUUUUGUGGAGCUCGAAGACGUAG